CCUAGUGAAGUAGAGUUUUAUCUGAUGCUUUCCUUUUUUGUUUUCCUGGCAACUAUUCAUAGUUUUUUAGUUGUGUUUCUUUCUUUUUAUAAUUGGGUUUCCCUGGCAAAAGAAGGAGGCAACUAAUCUGAGCUGAACUAGGAUUAAUCUUUAAGUUUCCUAUUUCUUUUUUCUUUUCUAAAUUAGAUUAGUUUCUGUUCAGCUAUAUAAACCACUCCACUGUUGUUCAAGUUGUAUUAUUCAAGAAGAUAUUCGAUUUAUAAAUCUGGUCGCGGUACUUGGAGCUGGAGCAAACGGACUGCUCUCACUCUCUCUCUCUCUUUCUGGCUUUAAAAUAUUGCUCGAAAAGAGAGUACACAAAACCCUAGAACGGAGGAAGAAAGCUAAAAGAUAAAGUGUUGAGUUCUCUCUCACCAACCGCCUCUGAGCUCUCUCUCUUUCUCUCUCUCUCUCUCUCUCUCUCUCUGCAUUUAUAUCCUCAGCUCACAAUCUCAAGCAAUCCUGUUUGCUCUCUCUUUCUCAUAGACAAUGAGUAAGCACGAGGUCAUGGAUCUUCAGAGAUCGGUUUACAAAGUAAAUAUUUGCUGCUUGGGCUGUAAGGGGAAAGUUAAGAAAGCGUUGAAAAUUGAAGGUGUGUACAACAGCAUUAUAGAUGCAGAUCAGGGGAUCGUGACUGUGAUUGGGAAUAUUGAUCCAAUCAGAUUCAUUAAGAAACUUAAAAAAGAAGGCAAAAAUGCCGAGCUUCUGGGGGUUCAAAGGGUUUCAAACAACAACCAAGCUCAGCUCAACAAUCAGAUGCCUGCUGGGAAAGGUGGAAAAGACAACAAAUCUCAGAAGCCAAAGGGUGGCCAACAACAACAACAAGCACAGCAGCAGCAGCAGCAGCAAUUCAAAGGGGGUAAAGCCAUGAAAAUGCCUCCUCCCAAGGACCAGAAAUCUGUGAAAUUCAAUUUGCCAGAGGAUGAAUUUGGUGGGAGUGAUGAUGAAUAUGACAGUGAGUUUGAAGACGAAUUUGAGGAUGAGUUUGGUGAUGAAGAUUAUGAUGAUGAUGAUGACGAACAAGAGUUUGGGCAUGGCCAUGGCCAUGGCCAUCACCAGCAGCAGCAGCAGCAACCCAAUAAGAUGAUGCCAGGUAUGAUGGGUCCACAAGGGCCUUAUGGGAAGAUGAUGCCAAUCAUGGGAAAUGGCCAUGGGCCACAUGGGCCUGCUGGAAUGAUCAAUAUGCAUGCUAUGAAUGAGAAAAAAUUAGGUGGUGGUGGUGGGGGAGGCUCUGCCAAGAAAGGUGGGGUUAUUGAUUUUCCUGUGCAAUUGAAGGGCAAGAGUGAAAAUAAUGAAAAGAAGAAUGGCAAGGAUGGAAAGAAAGGGGGUGGAAAUGGCAAAGGAGGGGAGAAAAAGAAGGGAGAAAAAGAAAAAGAAGAGUGCAAGAGUGGAGGUGGCUUGGUGGGUUGGCUCAAAAGAAGUACUAGUAUAGGAAGGGGUGGUUCCAGAGGAAGUGGUGUGGAUGGUGGUGAUGGGAAAAACAAUGGCAAGGGCAAUGGAGGGAAAAAAGGUGGAUGCAAACAUGAUGGGGCCCAUGAAAUUAAGAAGGGGAAAAAUGAUUAUCAUGAAAUUGAUGUGGUGCUCAAUCAUGGCAAAGGAGGGAAAGGGGGCAAAGAAAUCAAAGAAGGCAAAGAGGGGAAGGGAAGCAAUGGAGGCAAAGGAGGCAAAGGAGGCGGCAAUGGUGGCAAUGGAGGAGAUAUGCAUCAAAUUCAAAUGGGCCAAAAGGGCCAGAUGGUUCCAAUUGGGCAGAUGGGUCAGAUGGGCCAGAUGGGUCCAAUGGGUCAGAUGGGUCAGAUGGGCCAAAUGGGCCAGAGGGGUCCAAUGGGUAAUUAUCCAAUGGGGCAGAUGGGUAAUGCUCCAGCAGUUCAAGGAUUGCCUACACCAUCGAUGAUGAACGGUGGAUAUUAUCAAGGGAUGGGGCCUGCUGGAAACCCUUAUAACCAGCAGCAGCAGCAGCAGCUCCAGCAACUGCAGCAGCAGCAGCAGAUGCAGCUGCAGCAACAACAAUACAUGGCCAUGAUGAACCAACAGAGAGGCAAUGGCAAUGGCAUGUACCAGCCCAUGAUGUAUGCACGGCCACAUGCCCCCAUGAACUUCAUGCCUCCUCAGCAAAUGCCAUCUUCAAAUGAUCCUUACGCCAACUAUUUCAGUGAUGAGAAUGCUAAUGGUUGUUAUCUUAUGUGAACAAGUAAAAAGUAGCUAGGGUUUCAGUCAUGUUUUUUUUUUUCUUUCUUUUUUUUGGUUUUUAGGAUUAUUGUAUUUCUGGUGCUUAAUGCAAACACUUUGGAAGUACCAUGGCUUAUGUUACUCUGUAAUAUGGGUAAAUUUUGCUUCUUGGUAAAUGUAUAUUAACCCUAACCUAAUUCUCCCA